GGUUACUCCCCUAGUCACCUCAAGGACGGUCGCCGUUCACCUCAUCAUCCGUCUCUCAUGGGAGCAGUACCUUCAACAACGUUCAACCCUGUGCAGGAUCUGCCUAACCUGUCUGGAAAGGUUGUGAUUGUAACUGGGUCUAGUAGCGGCAUAGGAUUUGCUAGUUUACAGCACUUGUCAAGGAUGGGGGCAAAGGUAUUUUAACAGUUAUGGAUUAUCCCGGUAUGUGUGCAUGACCGCUUGGGUUCUGUCGCGUCCGUUUAAGGUGUACAUGGCGGUUCCGGACGAAGACUUGACCAAGCAAGCUCUAGAACGAGUAGAAAAGGAAGGGCGGGAACCUGGUCUCGGAGAAGUGAUAUGGCACGAGCUGGACCUCAAAGACCCCCGUACUGCCAAGGAAUCAGCCGAGCGUUUUAUUUCUCGGGAGACCAGACUCGAUAUUCUAAUUAACAAUGCAGCUCAGAUAACCGAUCUCGGGAACCCCCAAAUGAACGUCGACGGGAUUCAGAAUAAUAUGGCCAUCAACUAUCUGGGACCUUUUGUGUUCACGAGGACGCUCCUCCCGCUCCUUGAAUCGACAGCCUCUCUGGAAGGGGCCGACGUACGAAUAGUCAACGUCGGAUCGGAUGGUCACAAAGACGUUCGAUACUUGGACUACGGCUCAAAAAAGGGGUGGAAUCAUGAAUUCAGAUGGUCUCUGCUUCCGACCAUGUCGCGCUACAAAUACUCGAAACUCGCCGUUCAUCUGUGGACUAAUGACCUGGCGCGUCAUCUCUCCACAGAGAAAUUCAAAGUAAUGGUCCUGAUUGUCCAUCCCGGUGCUAUCCUGAGCGACGGCGCCAUUCGUUCACUAAAGACUCUGCCGUAUCCGCCUUUUUGGAUAUGGCUUUUAGGUCUGAGCAUGCAUCCUCAGACUCGGGGAGCCUACACGUCCGUCUUUGCAGCGUGCGCUCCACGAGACAACCCUGAGAUAUCGCAUGGGGCUUAUAUCUUUCCUCCAAACGUCGCAGUUGUGCAAGCACCCGCAGCCUUAAAUGAAGACAAGCAGCGACAACUAAAAGAUUUUACAGAAGAAUUGUUACAAAAUAUUGGUGUGUAAUAAUUUGUUUCGUUUGAACUAUCAAUGUCUGCUA